UGUUGUUUAUGUUUCUAAGACUGCAGGGUGGGAGAUGCAACAAUGGCCUUGAGAACAGCAGGAAGUGUGUUGGUGGUCUUUCUCUGGUCUGUAGCAGUGGUACUGGGUCAGUAUGACUGGAGUGUGACUUACACCACUCAGAGUAUCUGUACCUUGAAGGGGUCAACAGUGAAGCUGACCUGCUCUUUCAGCUAUCCCAGAGGUCAUAACGUCACAUCAACUUUCUGGUUCACUAUAAUGGAGGCUGGUGUAGAACCUGAAGAUAUAGGUCAGGACCCAGAGAAUACAGGUCGUCUGGAGUAUCAUGGGGAUAAGAAGAAAGAAUGUACACUGUCAAUCACAGACCUGAGAGAGAGAGACUCAGCUACGUACAAGUUCAGAUUUAUAACAGAUCAGACUGGAGGGAGAUAUUAUGGAGAUCCUGGAGUCACUCUGUCUGUAACAGCUCUGCAGGUGAAGGUGACUCCUUCACAUUGGUCACAGUGGAAGACACUGACCUGUAGAACCACCAGCUGUCCUCUGACUGGUAACCCCACCUACAUCUGGUACAAGAACGGACAGAUAAUAACUGAGAAGACUUCCACCUAUUCAGUCUACUCUAAUGCUAAGGACAGCUACUCUUGUGCUGUAAAGGGCCAUGAGGAUCUCCACUCUCCUGCAGUGUGUGUUCAGGGUCAGAGCUGCAGCAGAGUGACUUACACCAAGAGGGGAAUCUGUGUCUUAAAGGGGUCAACAGUGGACAUAUCCUGUACUUAUGUUGGUCAUUAUUCCACCACAUCAACAUUCUGGUUUAGAAGUGAUAAGUCGAACCCUGAAGACCUAACCACAGACCCAGGGUAUGCAGGUCGUGUUGAGUACACUGGAACAUACAAAGGUCCCUUCACCCUGAGAUUCACAGACCUGAGAGAGGAGGACUCAGCUGAGUAUCGCUUCACUUUUAAAACUCACAACUUUGAAUGGGGUCAUAGUUUCCCAGGAACAACUCUGUCUGUCACAGGUCUGCAGGUGAAGGUGACUCCUGCUGCAGAGGGACAGAAAACACUGACCUGUAGCACCACCUGUACUCUGACUGACAACCCCACCUACAUCUGGUACAAGAACGGACAACGUCUAGAUGAGCCUGUUUCCCAACAACACUCUAGUAAUUUGCUGGUUGUCUGGGAUUCUUCUGUGAACAUUUACUCCUGUGCUGUUGAAGGUCAUGAGGGUCUCCACUCUCCUGUAGUUUAUGGCCCAAAGAACACCUCAGUGUCAGUCAGUCCCUCUGGUGAAAUAGUGGAGGGCAGUUCAGUGACUCUGACCUGCAGCAGUGAUGCCAACCCACCUGUGGACAAAUACACCUGGUACAAGAAGAAUGGAGCUUCACUGACAGGAUCUGAAAAGUCAUACAAUUUCACGACCAUCAGCUCUGAGGACAGUGGAGAAUACUACUGUGAGGCCCGGAAUGGAAGAGGAUCUAGGAACUCUACAGCUCUGAUGAUCAUUUUACCAGUGAAACAAACCUCAGCUCGGACUGCAGCUGUAGGAAUCAUAGUGGUUGUUCUGGUUCUCAUCCUCUGUUUCUCUGGACUCAUGUGGUUCAGGAAGAAGGUGUCCAAAUCCACCUCUGACACAAGAGACACAUCAGAGAAUGUACAGGGAGACUCUAGUCCAGUGUAUGACAACAUCUCAGGCAUGGCCAUGACCCCUACUGCAGCACAGACAGCGGCCACCGUCGACCAGGAUGACGUUCACUACGCCAGCAUCAACUUCUCUCGCUCCAAAAACCAGGAAGUGCCUCUGUACUCCACCGUCCAGCUGUGUAAACCCCAGAAACAGGAAGAGGAUGUCCAGUACGAUGCUGUGAAAUUCAACUGGCCCAGUGCUGCCAACCGACCCACGGCAGCACAAGCAGCUGAGGACUCCUCUGUUCUCUACAGUACAGUCAACAAACCCUGA